CCUCUAUCUCUCUAUAAAUUGAAGCUAAGGCCCUGGCACGACACAGAGCAAUUGAUACAUCUCAUUGAGAGAGAGAGAGAAAGAGGGGAAGCAUGGGUUCUACUGGUGCAAAGAAACCUCAUGCCCUGUGUAUCCCAUUUCCAGCACAAGGCCACAUUAACCCCAUGAUGCAUCUUGCUAAGCUUCUCCAUGUUAGAGGCUUUUACAUUACUUUCGUGAACACUGAUUUUAACCAUGAGCGUGUGAGUAGAUCAGGAGGAGCCAUGGAAUUGAAGCAUUUAGAGGAUUUCAAGCUGGAAUCGAUCCCCGAUGGCUUGCCACCGGAGCAUGGCCGGACCCAAGAUGUUCCGAGCCUUUGUGAUGCAACAAGGAAGUAUUUUCUGAGUCCUUUCCGGGAUUUGGUUUCAAAACUCAAUGGCUCCAUGGAAGUACCUAAGCUUACAUGCAUAAUUUCGGAUGGCCUUCUCAACUGUACACAGCAAGUUGCAGACGAGCAUGGGAUCCCAAGGAUUUCUCUGUGGACGACAAGUACUUGCAGUUACUGGGGAUUCUUGCAGUACCAGGAGCUCAUCGAAAGAGGAAUCGUACCUUUCAAAGAUGAGAAUUUUUUGACCAACGGCGACCUUGACACAGUUGUGGAUUGGAUACCUGGCAUGCGGAAUAUCCGUCUAAGAGAUCUGCCCUCCUUUAUUAGGACAACCAAUCUUAAUGAUCUCAUGUUACAAUAUUGCAAGGUUGAAUGCCCUGCGGCUCUUAGAGCUUCAGCUCUCAUUCUCAAUACAUUCGAAGAUCUAGAUAAACCGAUUCUCGAUGUCAUGAGAGAGAGAUUCCCUUGCCCAAUCUACACAAUUGGCCCUGUUGUAAGCUUUAGCCGAAGCGAAUCCAGUGACCUUUUAAAGUCAGUUUCUAUGAGUCUUUGGAAACAAGAGGAUGCGUGUCUAGAAUGGCUCAAUGACAAGGAACCUAAGUCAGUUCUUUAUGUGAGUUUUGGCAGUGUAAUAGUUUUAACACCCUAUCAACUCAAUGAGUUCGCCUGGGGUCUUGCUAGUAGCCAAAGGCCUUUCUUAUGGGUCAUUCGCAAAGAUCUUGUAGUUGGCAAAUCUGCAAUGUUAGAAAAAGAAUUUGUUGAAGCAACCAAAGAAAGAGGGCUAAUAUUGAGUUGGUGUAACCAGAUGAAAGUAUUGUCACACCAUGCAAUUAGUGGCUUUCUAACUCACAAUGGGUGGAAUUCUACACUGGAGAGCAUUUGCAAUGGCGUGCCCAUGAUAUGUUGGCCCUUCUUUGCCGAUCAACAAACAAAUUGCAGGUACGUUUGCAAGGAAUGGGGCAUUGGGAUGGAGAUAAACAAUGACGUUAAGAGGGAGGAUGUGGAGGCAUUAGUGAGAGAGCUUAUGGAAGGAGAAAAUGGUAAAGAGAUGCAGUUAAGGGCCAAGAAAUGGAAGGAAAGCUCAAAAAGUGCUCUUCAAAUUGGAGGUAGCUCUUAUGAUAACUUUGAGAGGCUAUUAAAGGAAGUGCUUCUAGAGAAACAUUAAUCAAAUUUAGUUAUCACAAAUUUUACUUGAAUAAUUUUAGAAGCUUGUAUGAGAACUUAUCCUCCUAUAAAUUGCAUGGAAGUGUGAGACUU